UGUUGAUACCUGUGAUCCUGGUCCUGGUCCUAAUCCUGAUCCUGGUCCCAAUCCCACUAAUCCCGAUCCCAACUUUGAUCCCGAUCCCGGUCCCACUAAUCCUGAUCCCGAUCCUAACACUAAUCCCAAUCCCACUAAUCCUGAUCCUGAUCCCAGUCCUGAUCUUGAUCCCAGUCCCACUAAACCUGAUCCCACUAAUCCUGAUCUUGAUCCCGAUCCCGGUCCAACUAAUCCCGAUCCCGACUCGGAUCCUGAUCUCACUAAUCCUGAGCCUGAGCCCAAACCUGAGCAUGAUCCCGCUAAACCUGAUCCCGAUCCUGAUCCUAAUCCCAUUAAUCCUGAGCCUGAUCCCAAUCCUAAUUCUGAUCCCGAUCCCACUAAUCCUGAGCCAGAGCCCAAACCUGAUCCUGAUCCCAAUCCUAAUUCUGAUCCUGAUCUCAGUCCUGAUCCCGAUCUCGGUCCCACUAAUCCCGAUCCUGAGCCUGAGCCCAGUCCUAAUUCUGAUCCUGAUCCCACUAAAACUGAGCCUGAGCCCAAUCCGGAUUCUGAGCCCAAUCCUAAUUCCGAUCCCAAUCCCAAUAAACCUGAUCCUGAUCCGAGUCCUAAUCCUGAUCCCGAUCCCACUAAACCUGAUCCUGAGCCUAAUCCUGAUCCCAAUCCUAAUCCUGAUCCUGAUCGCAGUCCUGAUCCCGAUCUCGGUCCCACUAAUCCUGAGCCUGAGCCUGAGCCCAGUCCUAAUUCUGAUCCCGAUCCCACUAAACCUGAUCCCGAGCCUAAUCCUGAUCCUGAUCCCAGUCCUAAUCCUGAUCCCAAUCCUAAUUCUGAUCCUGAUCCCACUAAACCUGAUCCUGAGCCCAAUCCAGAUUCUGAUCCCAAUCCCACUAAUCCUGAGCCUGAGCCCAACCCUAAUUCCGAUCCCAAUCCCAAUAAACCUGAUCCUGAUCCGAGUCCUAAUCCUGAUCCUGAUCCCACUAAACCUGAUCCUGAGCCUAAUCCUGAUCCCAAUCCUGAUCCUGAUCUCAGUCCUGAUCCCGAUCUCGGUCCCACUAAUCCUGAGCCUGAGCCUGAGCCCAGUCCUAAUUCUGAUCCCGAUCCCACUAAACCUGAUCCCGAGCCCAAUCCGGAUUCUGAUCCCGAUCCCGCUAAUCCUGAGCCUGAGCCCAAUCCUAAUUCCGAUCCCAAUCCCAAUAAACCUGAUCCUGAUCCCGAUCCCACUAAACCUGAUCCUGAGCCUAAUCCCGAUCCUGAUCCAAGUCCUAAUCCUGAUCCUGAUCCCACUAAACCUGAUCCUGAGCCUAAUCCUGAUCCUGAUCCCAAUCCGGAUUCCGAUCCCGCUAAUCCUGAGCCUGAGCCCAAACCUGAGCCUAAACCUGAGCCUGAGCCCGACCCGCAGCCCAACAUCCGCAGCCCCGCCCCCGCGCUCCCAUUGGCUCCCAC